AAUAAAUGCCACUUCCUUCAAGAUAACGACACUACGCGCGCCCCGUUUUGGGACCCAAUUAAAUACAUUCUUCCAUUGCCUUACCACUCAGCCACCUUCUUCUCGACGUUAAACGCCACGAUUCAAAGAUAUUUCCCAAAUAAGUCCGUGCCGCGAGGCUGCAUGUUUUGAAACACCACCUUGCCAAACGGCCCCAAGUCUAACGCCUUUGCCUCAAGGAUUCAUGGACCAAGGCUUGCAACAAGGAUCUAGUGCGUGUAGAGUUUCCAGAACCACUGUUGAAUUGGCCCGGUUUUGAGUGGCUUCGCUCCUGUGCCACCAUAACACGACUUCAUGUGCAGCAGCUGCAACUGUGCCGCACGUGCUAAGCACUGCCUUACGAUUUCUAGGGUUCGUAUAGAAACGAGCUCUCCGCACCUUACUAUCUGGAAGCUUUUCUAGGUUCGGUCCAAAAUCCCUAGCCAUGAACUUCCAAUUACAUUUCGUGGUGUUUGGCUUUCUGUCCGCAAUAAUCCACAUCAAAAACUGUCAAGGGGUAGACUCCAGCGAACUGAAAUCAACAACAAUAGAUCCACGCCUUCCAUCUAGUACCAAAGCUUCCUCGACAAAGAAGCUUUCCUCUACCACGGACAAGUUCCACUUCACGGACCUUCCCUCCAAAUCCACCGCCGACCCCCUCGAUACUACCAUCCGCGCAAUACUCGAGACAGCCUUACCGCCAGUGGUGGCUUCGCUUGCUCUAAGCUCUCCCAGAGAAUUUGCCAGCGCUCUUAGCUUGGCCCUCUUUGAAAUGUCCAGCACGCCGGCAUGGUUUUCCGCCCUCCCAGAUGAUGUUGAGACCUAUCUUAUUACGGGAUACGUUCCGGAUGCAAAGGCUCAAGCUACACCGAAAUCAUCGCUCACUACUUUGAAACUAAUAACUUCUUCGAACCCUUCGGCAGGAGAGUCAUCUAGAAAUGCCCCAAGCACUUCCACCCUAACACACUCCCCAAAUCCAAACGAAACCCGCCCAGGCAGCCCGCCUACAAAACACAGUCUCACCACCGGCGCUAGAGCAGGAAUAGUAAUCAGCCUAUGCGUCUUCUUUCUCGUCAUCGCACCCACUGCAGCAUUUUUGAUCGUGAAGCGGAGGAAGGUAAAAGCUGAGAGUGAGCAAGCCCUGAUGGAUGGUAUUGGGGACGAACCGGAGUAUAUUGGGGCUGGGGAGAUGAGAAAGGAGAAGGGGAGGUGGAGAUGGAGGGAACGUGGUAGACCGAGGAGUCUGGUUAGAGAACAUCAGGAUGUUCCUUGAGCCUUGAAGAGCCAGAAAGGGUCCGAAUAGGAUAUAAGACAUGAUUCAAUGAUGAAAAGGUCUAGGGGUAAGCGAAGCAGAAUUACACGUAAAUAAUUAAUCUCAGGUCUACUCGACAUCUAGAUACUUCUUCGGGCGUAGACUCUUAUCCGGUAGACCUUCCAAUCGUGACCGGAAACUAGUG